UCAAAUUUAAUUCACAGUGACCUGGAGAUGUGUUGGGUGACAAAGAUGACAUGAAGCUGACUGAGACCUUGUUUUGUUUUUUCAUUGGGAAACAGUCAAGGAGUAUAGUUAGUUGUUUUUUUAAGUCUUUUUUCCUAAUUGGGGCUCUCAAGCUCCUUCAUAUUGUGGACCAUAUAUGUUAAUAGAGGAGGUGUCAUCAAUCACCUUCUAUCCUGUUUCCAACUGCAUAACUUCUUUUUGAUAACGUGACCAGUUGCUUGCUUUCUCAUUUUUUCAUGUAUUUGUACUAAGGUGUGCCAAAUGCAAUAGGGUGGGGAAUUUGUUUUUAGUCUUCAUCUCCCUCUCCAGUUUCUAGUGUUGCUCUUUCUCUUGUUCCAUGCGCAACUUUCUCUGCCACCUUGUGCAAGAGGACACGUUUCUGUUGCCUGUAUUAUGGGGGUGGGGGUGUGGGGUUUUGUUUUUUGUUUUUGUUUUUUAAUCCCUUCCCCUGCACAGACUUUCUUGUCACUCUUUUCUUACUUCUACUGGAUGUGUUGCCUUGCCACCUGACCCUCUUGCAAUGGAUCUACUGCCUGACUGCUUUGUUCCCCUCUUCCUGGGACUCUUCUUGUGGCAUUGACUAGCAGUUCCUGUUCUCUUUAUAAGCAGUUAGGUGGCAGCUGUUGGUUUGUGGUGUGUGGGUUUUUGUUUUUUUGUUUUUUUUUUCAGCUGCUUCUGUAGGAUUCCCAUCUCUUCUUGACAAAAAUUAGUCAAAUCUGAGGUUAGGCAUUUGACCAAAAGUAAUUGGUCAAAUAUUGUCAAAUGUCAAACGGUCAGAUGUUGUUAACUAUUAGAGCAGUACCAAAAGAAUACUGUAUGAUUUUUUUUCAAUAGGGUUAGCUUUAGAUUCUUAUGCUUAAUUACAAAAAACAAGUUACUUGAAGGAGUUAUUUUAACUCCGAAAAAUGUGAAACUCAAUAAAAUGAAGUUCUGAAAAAUGGAAGAAUGGCGCUAUGAUGCUGUCAAAAGAUUAGGUCACUGCCUACAUUGGGGCAUUCUUGGUGGAAUAUAUAACAAUAUUUGACCUUGAUCAAAUAAUAGAUAGAUAAUUGACAUUAUUUGACUGCUCAGUUGACCAGAUUGUCAAGCGUAGUCUGGACACCCAUAGAAGCAUCUGGAAACAAGAAAGAGGCAAUGACAUCUUCUCCAUGGACCACCCAAUGGCUUACAGAUCAGUACGGGAAACUGUCUUAACUAGUGACCUGUUGUUGUGAAAGGGCAGGGGGAAUUACAUUUGGGCAUGUAACGGUUUGAAGUCAUGGCAUAAUGAGCAGGGCAAUGUGUGAGUAGGAAGUUUCUGAAUAUCUUGUAAUUGAUCGAGAACUUCAUAAGGUAUCACACAACAACAUCUUUAUCCAUAUUGGAGAGAUGGUAAACCAUAUGCUCACGUUUUGAAGAACUCUAUAUUGAAAAAUCAUUUUUCUCUAGAAAUCUCAUUUUGCAAUAACUGCCAAAUACGCUUACUGUAGCGAAAAUGUGCACAACCAACUCUGCAUAUUGUAUAGCUCUGGGAAACAUCUGGGGGGAAACCUUAAAUUUCAAAUUCGUAUUAUCUUGAAAUUAACAACUUUCAGAAUCUUAGCUUUUGGCUCUGUGCUUUUACAAAAAGGGCAUGUGUUGGAUAACCAUUUGAAUACAUUUUUUUGGCAAUAUGAUGAACUCGUAGUGUCUCAUAAUGCAGUUCAUAGAAUUGUUUCUCACCUUUCCAGGAUCUCCCUUUCUCUUUUUUUUUUUUCCUAGUCUCUAUUUCUUUACCUAAUUACAUCCUUAUUUUGGGGUAAGAUUGAGAUCCUUACUUUGCAAGUAGUUGCACUGAAUUUAGUGCAACUAAUGGUGGUGCAAGGUACUCUGUUUAGUGAGAGGAAGGGUAUUGCAGUCUGGAUUACCCAUAAAUUAACACUUAAAAAGGCCGUGCUACCUUAAGUGUUAAUUUUUGUAAUGCAAGUCUUUCCAUGCAUCUGGGGAAAACUGUUGCCAAGAGUCAUCUAGGAAAAUGGUCUGGAAAUAGUAAAUUGAAUACAUUUAUGUUUUAGCAAAAAUUUUGAUUACUCUCCUUAAUAUGCCUAUUUUCAAAAUGAGUACAUUACAUUUAUAAAUCUAGCAGCAAGACUUUUUGGCCUCUAGCCAAGGAAAUUCUUCAACUAUUGUUAGGGCAAAACACUCCGUGCAAGAUGCCUUCUAAACAGGCAAGGAUUGCUGCUGAAGUAAAAUGAAACUUCAUACUACCACUGCAGCUCCAAUCUUCAAAUGACAUUAAAAGCAUUGAGUUUUGAGCUGCUGCAUCUGCAGUGCAGCAAGAAAGGUUAGAGGUGAGAGGAAAGAAAAUGGAUUACAGAAGGAAGUCUGAAAAAAGUCACAGAAAUGGAGAGCCUGAGAAGAGAGAGCAGACAUGAACUGAGAAAUGAACAUUAGAAGAUGAAUAAGCUAUUCAGACAAAUAAAUCCAGGAUUGGCAAGUGAAACAUAGCUUCUUGAAAUGGAGGGAAUGGAAGAAACAUCUGAAAGAAUUCUUUUAGAGCCAUACAAGUAUUUACUUCAACUGCCAGGUAAGCAAGUGAGAACUAAACUGUCACAGGCCUUUAAUCACUGGCUGAAUGUACCAGAAGAUAAAAUACAGGUUAUUAUUGAAGUGACAGAGAUGUUGCACAAUGCCAGCUUACUCAUAGAUGACAUUGAAGAUAACUCAAAACUACGACGGGGCUUUCCAGUGGCUCAUAGCAUCUAUGGAAUUCCAUCUGUAAUAAAUUCUGCUAAUUAUGUGUAUUUCCUUGGCCUACAGAAGGUUUUAACACUUGAUCACCCAGAUGCUGUAAAAGUGUUCACUCGUCAGCUGCUGGAACUCCAUCAGGGCCAGGGUUUGGAUAUUUACUGGAGAGAUACAUACACCUGUCCUACAGAAGCAGAGUAUAAAGCCAUGGUACUGCAAAAGACAGGUGGUCUCUUUGGAUUAGCUGUGGGCCUCAUGCAGUUGUUUUCCAAUUAUAAAAGAGACUUAAAACCACUCCUUAAUACACUUGGGCUCUUCUUCCAAAUACGAGAUGACUAUGCUAAUUUACACUCCAAAGAAUAUAGUGAGAACAAGAGUUUUUGUGAAGAUUUAACUGAGGGUAAAUUCUCAUUCCCAACUAUUCAUGCUAUUUGGUCCAGACCCGAAAGCACUCAGGUGCAGAAUAUUUUGCGUCAAAGGACAGAAAAUGUAGACAUAAAAAAAUACUGUGUACAUUACCUUGAGAAUGUAGGUUCCUUUGAAUACACUCGGCAAACGCUGAAAAAGCUUGAAUCUGAAGCAUAUAAACAGAUUGAGUCACUUGGGGGAAACCCUGAACUUGUAGCACUAGUUGAACACUUAAGCAAAAUGUUCAAAGAAAAUGAAAAUUAAGUAAUAAUUAAUUUGACUUGUGCUUUGGGGAGGGAAACUUUAAAACCAGCAUGUAUUAACUAGACUUUCUUACUAAAUCCAUGUAAAGAAAAGUGUAGAAAUGAUGCUUAUUUAAAAUUACUUACUACUGUUGCAUUAUAGAAAUGGCUAUAUUAGACAUCAUGUAAGUAGUAAUUGAAGGGUAGUUGUAUACAUCACAAAUUAUCUCUGCAGCUCUAAUUAAACUGCUUACAAAAUAUUGCAUAGAGAAAUAAACUUGCAUAGAUCUGUUAAAGGUAAAAUUGUUAAGUUAGUUUUUCAUGUGAAUCUUUCAGUUGUAAUCUUCACUGCACAGUCAGUGGUAUUUAUUUUAGCUGUAGAGUUUGUGUCCUCUAAAUCCUGCAAUUUUCUUAAUCUGAGAUGAGUUUGACUAAAUUUUCAUAAUAAAUUGAAUUUGCCCUA